GCCUUGAUCAAGUCCAGUUCAGACAGUGAUAAAGUGGUCACGUCUGAACAGCAGCAGGGAGUAGACUAUCGUCAAAAGUUUGCCAACAUUUACUCUGCACCCCUAACCGUUUGUGGCCGAGUACCCCCCAACACCUCACACCUUUUGUACGCGGCAAAUGCAUCCAUGAGCCCGCAUCUACGAUUGAAUCAAGGCAUUGCUGGAUCUCACAUUCAAUUAGGAUAUCCCAGAAUCGUAGCUGCUUCUCCUUACCUUAGGGGUGCUAUGCCUGUGAUUUUAGGACAAAGUCACCGGUCUACUUCUUUUCGUCCCAUAAAUCAUGCAUUCGGAGGAUCAGUAGGUGCCCAACAACUGAUGCUUAACCCACUGACUACCUGCAUGCCUGGUCUUUCAGCUGGUGUGGUUGGUGGACAACAGUAUUGGCCCCAACAGACUUGCAUGACAUAUCGAACGCUGGGUGCCGGUGAAUCAGUACCUCAUCAAACCAUUGAUCCUACGUCUGCUGACAAUAUGCCUAAUCCCCACGAUCAACCAAAUGUGCAAAUUCAAGAAACGCCUGCAUCGACUAAUCCCGUUCCUGAAGAGCAGACACCCGAAGCGGAACAACAUGGAGCAGCAUCUUCUUCUUCUUCUGAUCAACAUGAAGCUUCUUUUAGUUGUGAUGCUGGAAUGAGGCGUGAAAGCAAUGAAUUAACUUCGGCUGAGCGUCAAGUAUAUGGUGACAUAAUUUUCAACAAAAUAGCCGAGGGCGAGCCUGUUCUUGCUACUAAAAUCACAGGAAUGAUCCUUAAUAUGAAACCAUCCUUCGUUCUCAACGUCCUACUCAGUGAUUCUGACCUGAAAAAUGCGGUGACACAAUGCAAAGUUGCUCUGGCAAAGAAGGAGCCAGUUAUCCAAAAGAAGAACUAA